AUGUCAACAAGCGUUAAAACAGAAUUAGUAUAUGAAGAACCUUCCUUAAUAAACAUCGAAGAUUUAGAUGAUAAGCGAUUGAUAGCACUUCAUCAAAUAGAUACCGUAAAUUUUAGUUGGUUUCAUAUUCGAACAUGUAUAGUAUCCGGCAUUGGAUUUUUCACGGAUGCUUACGACUUGUUCGUGAUAAAUUUAGUUUCAGCAAUGUUGGGUGUCGCUUAUUUUGAUAAUUCCGUGGUCCCAAAUGAUGUAGAUUUAGGCUUAAAAGUUUCAGCAGCAGUUGGCACUUUGUUUGGUCAAUUGCUUUUUGGGAUCAUGGCUGAUCGAUAUGGACGAAAACAGAUGUAUGGGUUUGAAUUAUUGAUCAUGAUAAUAUGCACUAUUGGACAAAUUUUAGCGGGAAGUUCUUACGCCGUUACUGUUCAUGGGACAAUUAUUUUUUGGAGAUUUUUUCUUGGGUUAGGAAUAGGAGGAGAUUAUCCAAUGUCAGCUG